AUGAAAGCCGUCAUCCAACGUGUCAAGUCUGCGUCCGUAACAGUGGAUGGUCAACUCAUAUCCAAAAUUGGUCGAGGACUCCUAGUCCUCGCGGGAGUCGGGAGAGACGACACCGAGAAAGACAUUGACACAAUGGUCAACCGGAUAUUGAAGGCAAGGCUGUUCCCAGCGGAAACCGAUAAGCAGUGGAAAAGGAACGUCCAAGAUAUUGACGGCGAAGUGCUUUGUGUAUCACAAUUUACGCUUUUUGGCCAGCUAAAGAAGGGCAAGCAGCCGGAUUUUCAUGAGGCCGCCAGUGCUGAUACGGCACGCAAGCUCUACGAUUAUUUCUACCAGCGGCUCGGCGAGAACUACAAACCUGAGCGCGUCAAGAACGGCGUUUUCCAAGCAAUGAUGGAUGUCGAGCUAAUCAACGAUGGGCCGGUGGGUGUCGACUACCGCAGUGAAGAUGCGGCGGUUACAAUUGAAAUUGACACGCAAUUACCGAAGCGAGAAAAGAGUACUGACGACAAAGACUCCUCUGCUACGAAAAAGUCAGGGACCGUGGAGUUCAAGCUGCCCGCAGAACUCCUAGAGUAG